AUAAAAAUGAUGUCUCUGUACAAUGGACUUCAGAACAUUCUUGUGAAUAAACAUUCUGCCUCUUGUAAGCUGGGACUCUGUCUAUUUCAUUCAACCAGAAUCUUACCAAUUCUGGGUUGCAGACUGAGUAUUUUAAUUGAAGUUAACAUUGACAACAUAAUUCUCUUAACAACAUUUCUCCAAAAAGUACAAUCUUUUGUGCAGUUGCAAAUCGUAGUCUGGCUUUUUUAUGGCGGUUUUGGAGCAGUGGCUUCUUCCUUGCUGAGCGGCCUUUCAGGUUAUGUCGAUAUAGGACUCGUUUUACUGUGAAUAUAGAUACUUUUGUACCUGUUUCCUCCAGCAUCUUCACAAGGUCAUUUGCUGUGAGUCUUUCAAGUUGGCAAGACGUCUCUGAUCACGAGGUUCAUGUAUGACAGCUUUGACAACACCUAUCAGGCCACAAUCGGAAUAGACUUCCUUUCAAAAACGAUGUACUUGGAAGACCGAACGGUGAGGUUGCAGCUGUGGGACACGGCAGGACAGGAGCGCUUCAGGAGCCUCAUACCCUCCUACAUACGAGACUCUACUGUGGCCGUGGUGGUUUAUGAUAUUACAAAUGUGAACUCCUUCCAGCAAACAUCCAAAUGGAUCGAUGACGUCAGAACAGAGAGAGGAAGUGAUGUAAUUAUUAUGCUGGUCGGCAACAAAACAGACUUGGGAGAUAAGAGCAUCCUGUCCAACAAACCCAGUGACACCGCUGCCAGACAGAUCACCAUAGAGGAAGGAGAACAGCGGGCCAAGGAGCUCAGCGUCAUGUUUAUAGAGACCAGCGCCAAGACAGGCUACAACGUCAAACAGCUGUUUCGGCGUGUGGCAGCUGCCCUUCCUGGGAUGGAGAGCAUGCAGGAGACAAGCAAGGAGGGAAUGAUUGACAUCAAGCUGGACAAACCACAAGAGCCUGCAACCACUGAAGGCGGGUGCUCCUGUUAAUCCCAACACCUGAUUCUGCAUCUUCAUCUCCACCACAUGCUUGUUGUGUUGGUUCGCCUCCAGUAGAGCUUUCAGAUUGGAAUUUGUCUUAAUUACUGGUCAUCAGUUGGAAACUAGCGUUACAUACAUUUCAGUUGUAAAAUAGUGUACUUUAUUAAAAGGAAUUGCCAAAAAAGUCUUAAAUUUACAAAAUUAUAAAAAAAAAAAAAAAUACUUAACCCUCUCAAACAUGUGAACUAUACUUUUUUUGUUUGAAAAAGUAGAAUGUAGGUGAUUUUUUUUUCCUUUUAUAUUUUUGUAUAUUAAAAGAAAUGCUUUGAAAAGUUGCAGAUGACUGAGUUCUCCCCUUCUAUGUAUCCCCAAUGGCACCCUAUUCCCUAUGUAGUACACUACUUUUAGACCAUAGCACUAGGGUAUAGGGUGUCAUUGGGAUGGAAGGAACGAGCAGCAUGGAACAAGCAGUCCAAUGGCUAGACAGAGGGCACACUAUUCCCUAUGUUGUGACCCCUAGGGCUCUGGUCAAAAGUAGUGCACUAUAUAGGGAAUAGGGUGCCAAUUUGGAUGCUGUAUAUCUAACGCAUGUUGUUCUUUUUUUUUCUUUUUUUUUUUUAGGUACUAUUGUGCUCUCUACUGAUGUACACGAGUUUGAAUAUGUAAAUGAUCUUUGAUCAUGUGACUUAAUGCACUCUUUAAAAAUGUCUUGAUAUUUUAUGUUUUUGUUUUUCACAAAAUGCUGUGAGUGAAACUGCAUUUGUAUACUUGAGUUUAGCCCAUCUUCCAUUGUCAAAAGUGUGUUCGUUAGUGUGUGUAAAUGUACGCUUUCUGUAUUAGGCAACUGUACAUCACAACCAUCCACAGAGGGCAGCAGCCAAGCGGUGUCCUCACUGAGGCCCGUGUCCUAGCUGGUUAUCACUACUGUAGAGGGCAGCAGCCAAGCGGUGUCCUCACUGAGGCCCAUGUUCUAGCUGGUCAUCACUACUGUAGAGGGCAGCAGCCAAGCGGUGUCCUCACUGAGGCCCGUGUCCAAGCUGGUUAUCACUACUGUAGAGGGCAGCUGCCAAGCGGUGUCCUCACUGAGGCCCAUGUCCUAGCUGGUUAUCACUACUGUAGAGGGCAGCAGCCAAGCGGUGUCCUCACUGAGGCCCGUGUCCAAGCUGGUUAUCACUACUGUAGAGGGCAGCUGCCAAGCGGUGUCCUCACUGAGGCCCGUGUUCUAGCUGGUCAUCACUACUGUAGAGGGCAGCUGCCAAGCGGUGUCCUCACUGAGGCCCAUGUUCUAGCUGGUCAUCACUACUGUAGAGGUUAGCUGCCAAGCGGUGUCCUCACUGAGGCCCAUGUUCUAGCUGGUCAUCACUACUGUAGAGGGCAGCUGCCAAGCGGUGUCCUCACUGAGGCCCAUGUUCUAGCUGGUCAUCACUACUGUAGAGGGCAGCUGCCAAGCGGUGUCCUCACUGAGGCCCAUGUUCUAGCUGGUCAUCACUACUGUAGAGGGCAGCUGCCAAGCGGUGCCCUCACUGAGGCCCAUGUUCUAGCUGGUUAUCACUACUGUAGAGGGCAGCUGCCAAGCGGUGUCCUCACUGAGGCCCAUGUUCUAGCUGGUCAUCACUACUGUAGAGGGCAGCAGCCAAGCGGUGUCCUCACUGAGGCCCAUGUUCUAGCUGGUCAUCACUACUGUAGAGGGCAGCUGCCAAGCGGUGUCCUCACUGAGGCCCAUGUUCUAGCUGGUCAUCACUACUGUAGAGGGCAGCUGCCAAGCGGUGUCCUCACUGAGGCCCAUGUUCUCAGUGCCACAUCACUAGCUGGUUUGUGUUUCUCUGUCGUGUGCAGUGUUUGUUUCACAGUUACUCACUGCCAUGCCACUCCUGUUGCUGCUGCACUGUAUCAUACUGUCUGUGUCAUCGUGAUUAGGUGUGAGUCCCAAAUACCACCGUACUCCCUAUAUAGUGCACUACUUUAUACGGUGAGGUAAUUCUUAAUUUGGAUAGUCCAUUUACACUAACAAUUAAACAAUCUACUAACCCUAACCUUGCCCCAACCCUUAUUUGUAAACCUAAUCCCUACCCUGACCCUUAUUGUAAACCUUAACCCCUACCUUAACCCUUAUUGUAAACCUUAAUCCCUACCCUGACCCUUAUUGUAAACCUAACCCUACCCUAACCCUUAUUGUAAACCUAACCCCCUACCCUGACCCUUAUUGUAAACCUAACCUUUACCCUAACCAUAACCCUUACCCUAGCCCCAACCCUUAUUGUAAACCUAAUCCCUACCCUGACCCUUAUUGUAAACCUAUCCCUACCCUGACCCUUAUUGUAAACCUAACUUCUACCCUGACCCUUAUUGUAAACCUAACCCCUACCCUGACCCUUAUUGUAAACCUAACUCCUACCCUGACCCUUAUUGUAAACCUAACUCCUACCCUGACCCUUAUUGUAAACCUAAACCCUACCCUGACCCUUAUUGCAAACCUAACCCCUACUCUAACCCUAACCCUUAUUGUAAACCUAACAUAACCCUAACCCUUAUUCUAAACAUUAUUCUAAACCUAACCUUUACCCUGAUCCUAACCCUUAUCCUAACCUUAGCAAGCAGUUGCUUAUCAACAGUUUGUUGAUUGUAUGACCAUCUGUAGAGCAUCUAAAUGGACUAUCCAAAAUACAUGGAAAUAAAUUAUGACCUCUAUUGUUUCUGUUCUGUAUAAAAGCAUCAUAAAAAUAGUUCAAAAGAC